UUAUUUCACAGUGAGCGCGCACGCGCAGUGCGAGCACAGACUCCAAGAACUCUGAACAGCGCGUUCUGGUGAUGAGCACAGACUCGUGAGCGCGCAGCGGAGCAGCAGGAUUAACGGGAAUGAUCAUGCGCGUGGGAAAACUGAUGGUGUGUGUAGUAGCACUGUGUGUGUGUGAAGGUUAUGUGUUUCAGGCAGGUCAGUCAUCAGCAGAGGACACCAGCCAACCUGAACCCAUCCGAGAUUUUUCAGGCUCAUGUAAGGGGCGUUGCUUUGAGCUAAAGGAGGCGGAGCCACCCAACUGCAGGUGUGAUAAUCUGUGUAAGACGUACCUGAGCUGCUGCUCGGAUUUUGAUGAACAGUGUCUCAAAACAGCUGGAGGGUUUGAGUGCAGUAAGGAACGCUGUGGAGAACCCAGAAAUGAAGAUCAGGCCUGUCAAUGCUCUGAAGACUGUCUAGAGAGAGGAGACUGCUGCACUAACUACAGAUCUCUCUGUAAAGGAGACACUUCAUGGUUGGAGGGUCCGUGUGAGGAGAUUCAGAGUCCUGAGUGUCCUGCAGGGUUUGUUCGUCCUCCCCUCAUCAUUCUGUCUUUGGAUGGCUUUCGUGCAUCUUACUUGAAGAAAGGAGAAAGUGUCUUACCCAACAUUCACAAACUGAGAUCGUGUGGAACUCAUUCCCCUCAUAUGAGACCCAUGUACCCAUCCAAAACCUUCCCAAACCUCUACACACUCGCCACGGGUUUGUAUCCAGAGUCUCAUGGGAUUGUGUGUAACUCCAUGUAUGAUCCCGUCUUUAAAGCUCAUUUCAAACUGAGAGGCCGAGAAAAACUCAAUCAUCGCUGGUGGGGUGGGCAACCUAUUUGGAUCACAGCAGAAAAACAGGACGUAAAAGCUGGAACAUUUUUCUGGCCGUGGGUGAUCCCAUUGGAGAGGAGGAUUUUGACUAUUCUUCAGUGGCUUCAUCUGUCUGAUGACGAGAGGCCGUACGUUUAUGCUGUACAUUCUGAGCAGCCUGAUGCCUAUGGACAUGUGCUGGGUCCUCUGAGCAAUGAGCUGGAUAACACUUUAAAGAAGAUUGAUAACAUCAUCGGUCAGCUGAUGAAUGGACUGAAGCAGAUGAAUCUUCAUCGCUGUGUGAAUUUGAUUCUGGUUGGGGAUCACGGUAUGGAGGAGUCUCACUGUGAACGCACAGAGUAUUUGGGCUCUUAUGACCUUAAUGUGAAUGAUCUCAGACUCAUUCCAGGAUCCUCGGGGAGAAUCGGACCCAAAAACAACACCACACCAUAUGAUUCUAAAGAGAUUGUAGCUAAUUUAACAUGUAAGAAGCGAAAUCAACACUUUAAACCGUACCUGAAACAACAUCUACCGAAACGACUUCAUUACGUUAACAACAGACGCAUUGAGGACGUGCACCUGCUGUUGGAGAGAAAGUGGCAUGUAGCCAUAUCACCUGCCACAUGUGGGUUCUUUGGGGAUCAUGGAUUUGACAACAAGAUGAACAGCAUGCAGACAAUCUUUCUGGGAUUUGGCCCGAGUUUCAAAUUCAAGACACAAGUGCCUGUCUUUGAAAACAUUGAGCUUUAUAACCUCAUGUGUGAUCUGUUGGGUUUGACUCCAGCCCCUAAUAACGGGACUCACGGCAGUCUAAACAGCAUGUUGAAAAACCCCUCAUACACCCCUACACAACCAGAGGAAGUGACAUCACCUAAACCUUUAACCCCACCCACUGAAGUCACCCAAGACUUGGACUGUAACUGUGAUGAUGAGAAUAAGAUUGAAGAAAAUUCAGAGAGGUUUUCUCCAGACGUGGAUGAGCAGUUGAACAAUGUAACACACCUGCCGUUUGGUCGUCCAGCUGUUUUGUUCCACACAUCAUACACACUGUUGUGUAACUCACAUUACUGCAGCGGUUACAGUCAUCACAUCAACAUGCCACUGUGGACAUCAUUUACCCUAACAUCACAGGUUGAUGUACCGGUGGUGUCAUCCAGCAAGUGUUUGAGAGCAGAUCCUCGACUUGAAUACACACACAUGUGCAAGACCUACAGCCAAGAAUCUGAUGUUACACACGCUUUCCUCUACCCACCCGAUUUCUCAGUCAGUGAUGCUUCAUUCAUAACAAACACAGUUCCCAUGUAUCCUGCUUUUAAAAGGGUGUGGAGAUAUCUGCAGCGGGAGGUUUUCCACAGGUUCAGUCUACAGAAUAAUGAAGUGAAUGUGAUCGUCGGUCCUGUGUUUGAUUACGACCACAAUGGACUGAGAGACACACAUGACAAGAUCAAAGAGCAUGCGCGGGGAUCUGUCUAUGUUCCUACUCAUUUCUACAGCAUCAUAACCAGCUGUACAGAAGUGAAUCAGACGCUGGACAACUGUGAUGAAGAUCUGAGCAUCACCUGCUUUAUUUUACCACACCGACCAGACAACUCGGAGAGCUGCAAUAACUCUGAUGAUGAAUCUCAUUGGGUGGAGGAUCUGCUGAAGUUACAUACAGCACGUGUGAGAGAUGUUGAGAUCCUGACGGGUCUGGACUUCUACCGGUCCACAGCGCUGUCUUACACGCGUGUGCUGGCGCUCAAAACACACAUGCAGACGUUUGAGGACGACGCCUGACGCACCUGAAGCUUUGACUGUAUGCUUUUAUGAGCCGUCAUAUUUAUUACUCACCUUCAAACUAAUAAACAUCAAACUGUCACACGGUCAACUCAUGCUCAGCUUAGAUUUAUCUGUGUGUGUGUGUGUGUGUGUGUGUGUGUGUGUGUGUGUGUGUGUGUGUGUGUGUGUGUGUGUGUGUGUGUGUGUGUGUGUGUCCGUCUUCUGUGUGCAUUCAUGUUCAUGUGACGCAUGUGACCACGCAUGCAAAAGCAAUAGUGAAUAAGUGUUUAAUGCUAAAUGUCUGUCUUCCCAGAUAUGACAAAAGAUUUGGGUCGAGUUUAUGUUCUGUCAGAAUUCUUGUUGUCAUAACGUUUACAAUAAUUCUGCUGUCAUGUGAAUGUACAGUAAGAGCGCAGGAAGUGAUGUCAUCUUACUAACAGGUCUCUGUUCAAUAAAUCUCCUGUUUACUGUCA